AUGGCAGACAGUGCGCACACUCAGGCACACGAUAUAGGGGUUAGGAACAACCCUAAGGAAGAUAGCGCAUGCCACACAAAGUCUUUGACCCCAUUAUCCUCAUUUCAGCACCCUUCACAGGACCCAGAAGGGACGGAGACUCGGGACUCGACGACGAUGGAAGCGCUGCCUGGUCGUUUGGUUGACGCAGUCCGUCUCUCCGACCCUGCAGCCACGCCAGAUUCAGCAGGAAAGGUGUAUAAAUCAUGUUCAACAGUGCAGGAAGGCGAAGCUGCAGGGGACCUCCGCGCGAAUGGCACAUCUCAUGGACAGCAAACCAAACAUGAUGGCACCGGCGGAGUUGCCUCCUCCAAGAGAACAACGGCAUGUCCGACCGGCUAUGUGCCCACGCCUGGCCCAAAAGAGCAACCCAAUACGAAUAUGAAUGACGUGGCGAAGGUGGACCAUGUGGAGAAGGCACAGCGUCACGACCAGACUCACUUUAUGGCCGUUCCAAUUGACACCAUGCCGCCAAAUGCAGACAUCCCGGAAUAUGACAUGCAUUUGCUGAACCUUGCGAGGCACGCGGACCCGUUCAGGAUGCUAGGGUGCCAUCUUGUGGAGUCUCAAGACACAGACAACAGGAUGGUGGUUGUCCGUGCCUUUGAGAUAUACACAACUCACCCUUCAGCCUCGUCUAGAGGUCCGGCAGUGAAGAGUUCCGACGCCUACGUACCCCUGGAUUACGAGCUUUUGGUGCGGGGAGAGGGCGAAGAGUUCCCACGUGUGGUGUAUGACACCUACUCGUUCGGCAUGACCGUCCCCCAGUACAAUUUGGAAUUGUUCCAGUCCGGUUCCUGCUGGCAUGUGGACAACCUUAUGGGCUCGCACAUCAUAACAGUUGACGGUGUUGCUGGCGUUCGUUUUGCUGUCUGGGCACCGAACUGCAUUUGCGUCUCCGUGGUAGGGGACUGGAACGGAUGGGACGGUCGCGCCCACCCCAUGCGCAAGCGGGUAGAGUUUGGCUGUUGGGACUUGUUUAUUCCAGGAAUAGGCCCAGGGGAAAAGUACGGUUACAGGAUACACGCGAAAAACGGGACGGACUUCAUUAAGAUAGACCCCUAUGCUCAAGAAUUUGAAGUGCCUCCUAAGACCGCCAGCAUCAUCAGCGGCUGCGACGACGCCUUCAAAAACGCUGAGGCGCGCUAUCAAUGGCAUGACCAGGAGUGGAUGGAAAAACGCAAGAAGCUUGGAGAAACAGACCAACUCCAUAGAGAGCCGAUGGCCAUCUACGAAGUGCAUCUUCCGAGCUGGAUGCGCGGGCAAGAUGGGCGUUAUCUAAGUAUGCUGGUUCCCCACCUGAAGAACAUGAAUUUUACACAUGUGGAGUUCCUUCCCCUAGCGCACCACCCUUUCGAAGGUUCCUGGGGAUACCAAGUAACGGGUCUUUAUGCGCCUUACAGCCGAUUGGGGACCCCAGACGACUUCAAGUAUUUGGUCGACACCUUGCAUCAGGCAAACAUUGGAGUAUUCAUUGAUUUCGUGCCUGCACACUUUUGUAAGGACUCAUGGGGCCUUGUGUACUAUGACGGGGAGCCGUGCUACGAGUACGCAGACCCAAGAGAGGGGGAGCACAAACUUUGGGGGACAGCAGUGUUUAAUUACCGCCGCAACGAGGUUCGGUCGUUCUUAUUGGGAGCGGCAUAUCACUGGCUGAGGCGCUACCACAUUGAUGGCUUGCGCAUUGACGCGGUGUCCUCCAUGCUGUACAAAAAUCACCAGAAAGAGGAUGGGGAUUGGCUUCCAAAUGAGCACGGGGGCGACGCAAACUUGCAAGCCAUAUCCCUGCUUCAAGAACUAAAUUGGGUCGUACAUAAAGAGUUUCCAGGGGUAUUUACGAUGGCGGAAGAGAGUACCAGCUGGAGAGGAGUUACAGACAAAGCAAACGGUCUCGGGUUCGACGCAAAGUGGGAUUUGGGGUGGAUGAACGACACGCUAUCCUAUUUGUGCUGCCCUGUGGAGAAUCGACGGAAAUGCCACAACAAACUCACAUUCAGAGGUCUCUACAUGGCGCACGAGAGGUGGAUUCUACCACUGUCACACGAUGAAGUAGUGAGUGGAAAGGGGAGCCUGCUAGACAAGUGCGGAUACUUGGGAACUCCUUUUGAGGAUCGCAUACGUACUUUGAAGACUCUCUACGGCUUUCAGAUAGGAAUGCCAGGUAGACCCCUCAUCUUCAUGGGGGGGGAGAUUGGACAAGGGAGAGAGUGGAAGGACAACAGGUCUGUCGACUGGCACGAAGGAGAGGAGGAGCUCCGUAAGAAACUUUGCAUCUGGGUGUCAGACCUUCUGGGUCUCUACAGAACUCAGCUGGCAUUGCAUGCAGGAGAUGAUGAGACCUGGAACUUUAAGUGGACGGACUGCGACAACAAUAAUGAUUGCAUCGUAGCAUUUCUCCGCUCGUACGAAUUCUGGUUCAAUGAUAUUCUGGUUGUUUGCAAUUUUUCUCCCCAAGCGUACUACAGGUACCCCGUGGGAGUUCCUCACGGAGGAGAGUGGCAGCUGAUGCUGAAUUCCGAUGAUUGGAAAUACGCGGGGGGAAUGUGUGGCAUGGGGAAUGGUUCAUAUAUCCACACAACUCAGGGAGGCAGAUUGGGUUGGCCGUAUUGCUUGUGGUUAGAUGUCCCUGCAAACGGAUGCUUGUAUUUAAAAGCCCCUCAGCCGUCUGCUGAGGAGAAACAGAGGAUAAUUCACGAGGCACGACUGGCUAGAGAGUCGAGGGAAGAACGGGGAGAAGCAGAAGCCAACCACGGCACAACCAACAAGCCAGAGGUCUCGAGCUGA